AUGAGCAGCUCUGGGCAGGCCCGCUCAGGGCCUUCUGGGGCUGCUGGAGUCCGGGGUGCGCAGCAGCAGGCACGGGAGCAGCAGCAGCGGAAGCCUGAGCAGCAGCAGCAGCAGCAGAAAGCUGAGGAGCAGCAGCAGCAGCUGGCGACGCGCGCAAAGGACUUCGCAGACCCCAAAGAUGACUGCAAAGGAGACGCGUCGUGGAUGGCUCCCUUUUUCGGGUCUCCAAGUUCGCUGCGUUUGGCGCUGCACGUUUUUGCCGAGAGGUCAGGGGGGGGCCACUCUGUGAUGGACUGCCGCCUCUUUGGCCGCAACAAAGUCGAAACUUGCAAGUGGAACGGCUGGGGCUACUGCGACACUUACGUGUCCAUGUCGAGCGCCUCAAUGAUUCGCCUUCACGGCUCCCGAUACUCCCUCUGCGGCGUGGACAUGGGCCACUGGCACGAAUUCAUGGAGUCCAUUCCGGGCAUAGAGUUUGCCUUCAGUUCGCCAGCUCAAGACACUCUUGUGAUACCCCCGCAGCGGGUUUACAACGAAGCCUUUAUUAAGGAGCUGCAGCAGCUGGCUCCUGAAAUUGAAGUGGCGAACUCUGAAAAAGAGCGGCUUUUCCAUGGCCACGGACACACCUGCAACGAGAUCUUCGAGUUGAGAUACGGGACUGUGGCGAGGCUGCCCGACGUGGUGUUGUAUCCGAAGGAACACAAGGACGUGGAGGCCAUUGUGGAGUGCGCUUCCCGGCAUAAUGUUUGCUUGAUUCCGUUUGGGGGUGGGACUUCGGUGACUUUGGGGGUGGCAGUGCCUGUGUCUGAAAGCCGCAUGGUGGCGACAGUGUCUUUGGCUUUUAUGCAACGAAUUCUUUUUCUUGACAAAGACGCUUUGCUCAUGUGGGUAGAGGCGGGGGCCGUGGGCGCUUCCCUCGAAGAAAGGCUCCGCAGGCACGGGGUCACUCUGGGCCACGAGCCCGACAGCAUGGAGUUCAGCACUGUGGGCGGCUGGGUGGCCACCAGGGCCUCAGGCAUGAAAAAGAACCGCUAUGGCAACAUAGAGGACAUGGUGGUGGACGUGGUGGUAGUCACCUCGAAGGGCAGUUUAAACCAGCAGCAAUCCGCGCCUCGGGUUUCCUCGGGCCCUUCUCUGCAGCAGCUGAUGUUGGGUAGUGAAGGGACUUUAGGCAUUAUCACGCAGGUGCUGCUGAAGGUCAAGUUGCUGCCCGAGCCAGCCAGUAUUCGUCUGAUGGACAAGACGCAGACGCAGUGCGGCUCCCUUUUCAGGGUGUCACCCCCAGGGGGUCCCCCGUUGAAGGAGCUGUUGGCCGACCGCCUCAAGAAAUUUUACCUGAACAAGAUCAAGGGGUGGAAGGAAGAAGACCUGUGCGGCUGCACUCUCGUUUUCGAGGGCACCACAGAGGAAGUAAAUACACAGCGAAGCAACAUAUAUAAAGCUGCGAAACUUUACGGAGCCCUUCCGGCCGGGAGCAGCAACGGGGAGAGAGGAUACCAAAUGACUUUCUUAAUUGCAUAUUUGAGGGACUUCAUCAUGGAACAUCACUGGAUUGUUGAAUCUUUCGAGGCCUCCAUGGCGUGGCCAGUGGUGUUGGUUUGCUACCAGAGGGUUAAGGAUAGAAUAAAAAGUGACUGUUCCCGCCUCGGCAUUAAAUACCCGCCUUUGGUUAUGGUGCGACUCACACAAGUUUACGACGGAGGCGCCGUUUUGUACUUUUAUUUUGGCUUCAACUGGGCAGGGCUCAGGGAACCCAUAAAGGUCUUCAGUGAAGUCGAACACAAUGCGCGCCAAGUCAUUCUGGACUGCAAAGGAUCGAUUUCUCACCACCAUGGUGUUGGGAAGCUGAGGAAAGAGUUCAUGGCCAAAGCAGUCGGCAAAACCGGGAUGGAACUCCUGCGCGCCACCAAGGGCGCCGUCGACCCGCAGAACAUUUUCGGCAACGGCAAUAUGAUCUAA